GGGGCCCCUGAGGCACGGCCGCGGAGGAGGAGGAGGAGGGGGGUGCGCGCGCGCCCUCGCGCUCUCCCGCCGCCAUGGCAACCGCCACCGCCGCCCCCAAGCAGGAAAUGGCGGCGGAUGUUCCUUCCUUGGGCACAGGGGUGGCGUCUGGAACGUCCGGAUCAGGCUCUCAAACUGGAGGAAGCGUCAUCCCGAGAACAAACAAGAGGAGGCCAGGGCUUGAUUUUGAUGAUGAUGGCGAAGGAAGUAAAUUUCUCAGAUGCGACGAUGACCAGCUCCCAAACGACAAAGAGAGGUUUGCCAGGUCUGACGAUGAGCAGAGUUCAGCGGAUAAAGAGAGACUGGCCAGGGAGAACCACAGUGAAAUCGAGCGGCGUCGGCGGAACAAGAUGACCGCCUACAUAACCGAGCUUUCCGACAUGGUGCCGACCUGCAGCGCGCUGGCUCGCAAGCCGGACAAGCUCACCAUCCUGAGGAUGGCCGUCUCGCACAUGAAGUCCCUCCGGGGCACCGGGAACACCUCCACCGACGGCACCUACAAGCCCUCUUUCCUCACAGACCAGGAGCUCAAGCACCUGAUCCUGGAGGCGGCCGACGGGUUCCUCUUCAUCGUGUCCUGUGAGACCGGCCGGGUGGUCUACGUCUCUGAUUCGGUGACGCCCGUCCUGAACCAGCCCCAGUCUGAGUGGUUUGGCCGCACGCUCUAUGACCAGGUGCACCCCGACGACGUGGAGAAACUGCGGGAACAGCUUUCCACCUCGGAGAACGCGUUGACAGGUCGUAUCCUUGAUCUGAAAACUGGGACCGUGAAGAAGGAAGGGCAGCAGUCUAUGAGGAUGUGCAUGGGAUCCCGGAGGUCCUUCAUAUGCCGGAUGAGAUGCGGCACCACUGCGGUCGAUCCGGUCUCCAUGAACCGCCUCAGCUUUAUGAGAAACCGAUGCAGGAAUGGCUUAGGUGCUGCCAAGGAUGGGGAGCUUCAGUUUGUGGUGGUCCACUGCACCGGCUAUAUAAAAGCCUGGCCCCCAGCAGGGGUUUCGCUACCAGAUGACGAUCCAGAUACCGGGCAAGGAAGCAAGUUUUGCCUUGUGGCCAUCGGCCGGCUCCAGGUCACGAGCUCCCCCAGCUGCGCGGACAUGAGCACCGUGUGCCAGCCGACCGAGUUCAUCUCCCGGCACAACACCGACGGCAUCUUCACCUUCGUUGACCAUCGUUGUGUGGCCACAGUCGGCUACCAGCCCCAGGAACUCCUAGGGAAGGACAUCGUUGAGUUCUGCCACCCCGAAGACCAGCAGCUCUUGCGGGACAGCUUCCAGCAGGUGGUGAAGUUAAAAGGCCAGGUUCUGUCUGUCAUGUUCCGUUUCCGGUCCAAGAACCGAGAAUGGCUCUGGAUGAGAACCAGUUCCUUUACCUUCCAGAACCCGUACUCGGAUGAGAUUGAGUACAUCAUCUGUACCAACACCAACGUGAAGAACUCCACCCAGGAGACCCGGCCCGCCUUGUCCAACCCAAUGCAGAGGCCGCAGUUGGGCCAGAACGUCAGCCUGCCGUUGGAGAUGGGCUCAGCACCGCUGGCGGGGAGGCAGCCGCCCACUCAGCCAGCAGAGCUCGACGUGGUCCAGGGAAGGGAGAGCUUAGCCAGCUAUGAACACACGCAGGCUGUCGUUCAGCCGGUGAGUGGCGCUGGUUCAGAGCACAGCAAGCCCAUGGAGAAGACGGAGACCCUCUUCAGCCAGGAGAGGGACCCCCAUUUUGCUGAAAUCUAUAGCAGCAUCAGCACAGACCAGACGAAAGCCAUCUCGUCCAGCUCCAUGCCUGCCAGCCAGUCUCUCUUCUCCCAGGGAAACGCGUUCAACGCGUCACGGCCAGCUGAGAACUUCAGGAGCAGUGCCAUGGUGCCCCCCGUGAACGUCAUCCAGCAGCCAACGACGCAGCAGCCGACGUCAGCGGGUCAGAUUCUGGCCCAGAUCUCUUGCCACUCCAAUCCCAGCCAGGUCUCCAGUGCCAACUGGGCUUCAGGAACACGCCCGUCUUUCGCAGCCCAACCGGUGGCUUCCCAGGCGGUGAAGACACGGCCUCCGUCCUUCGCCAUGGGCGCCUUCCAGGGCACCCCGUCCUCUUUCAGUCCAAUGUCGACGCCCGUUUCCACUGCCUCGCCAGGCGCAGCGGCCUACCCGAGCCUCGCCAACCGAAGUGCCGGCUUUGCUGGAGAGAGCGGGCAGGCCUCCUCCCAGUUCCAGCCACGGACAGCAGAGGGCGUCGGCGUGUGGCCGCAGUGGCAAGGCCAGCACCACGGUCCAGGGGCGGGCGAGCCACACCUCCCGCAGCAGUCAAGCCAGCCGGAAGUCUUCCCGGAUAUGCUGUCCAUGCUGGGCGACCAGGGGAGCAACUAUAACAACGAAGAGUUCCCAGAGCUGAACAUGUUCCCCCCUUCUCAGAUAAGGAGUGAGAACCGAUCGGCAAAGAAAACUGCAGCGGGCCUGUCUCUGUCCCGUGGGAAAGGAAGACGCAGCCGGGUCUCUCUCUCUCUCUGUCUCUCUCUCUCUCUGUCUGUCUCUCUGUUUGUCUCUCUGUCUCUGUCUCUCUGCCUCUGUCUGUCUGUCUGUCUCUGUCUCUCUGUCUGUCUGUCUCUGUCUGUCUGUCUGUCUCUCUCUCUGUCUGUCUCUGUCUCUCUCUCUGUCUGUCUGUCUCUGUCUCUCUGUCUGUCUGUCUCUCUCUGUCUCUGUCUCUCUCUCUCACGACUUCUUGUCAAGACUGCCAAAGUCUUUCUCACUUUGGGAAAGCAGAAGCAUCCAGCGAGGGGCUCGCUGACGAAGGACUGAUGCAUUCCCCAAACGGAAAUGGCGUGUCCGGUAAGGCCACCUGACUGGCCGCAGCCUCUUCCUCAACCUGCCCCGGAAGCGUUCGGUUCUCGGAGAUGGUUGGACCUGCUCUCCACAGCCGUAGCAGGGGUGUGCUUUUGUCACGCCAGACAGGAGCACAGGCGCUCGGGGUGUGAGCAUCAGGGAUAUUUUAAAAGCUCAAUGGGUGUUUCUUUUUAAAGCAACACUUCAACGCCAUAACCUUUUUAUAUAUAUAUAUAU